ACUGUUGCUGAAUGAAAAUAACAGAGGCCAUUUUGCGCACGAAGCUACGGUGUCAUUCAAUAAUAAUACAAGUGAAAAACAGAAGGAGGCAGGUUCAGUCCAUUUUUGGAUAGAUGCGAUCGCUGGAGAGCCCGGUAGAGUUGUGUGGGACCGCGGUGCGAGUGCGACUGGCGCUUGUGGCUAGUUAAACAUGCCGCGGUAACUACUUGUGCCGCGGCGUCGCCUCUUCCUUUCGGCGUUUGUGUCGUGAAGAAAGGGGACAGACAGGGCAGCUUCACCGUAUUGCUAUCUGAGCCUGUGACCCCCGAGAGAGGGAGUUGCCUGUACUUAGCUGACCGACACCGGCAAUAUCCAUACGCGUUGAAAGCAGGUGUACAGUUUCAUCACACGGACACGUACCGCACUAGCUUCCGAGCCGCUGUAGCUCUCUGCGUUUGUGUGUGUGUGUACUCUGAUAAAUACUCCAGUCAUUAACACAUGGAAGAGGCUGAUAACCUGACGAUAUGUUGCGGAAUUAGUCGAGUGAGGCGAGACUCGUUUUAAGACAUUAAACGGGCUACGCUCUGGGAAUAAAGCCUGACUGGGAGGAGAGACUCAUGCUGAGCGCGGGGAAGAAGACGAAAAAGCAACUCUGAUUAUAAGAAGAGAAAGUGGGAGGCACUUGGGCUCACGCCUCACCUAUACCUGACUCUUCUUAACAAGUCUCCAGUCUUUUGGUUUUAUGACGGAAAGUGUGUCCCCCUGCAGUGGACCAGUAAGACGUUCUCUUCAAUAUGAAUACAGAUAGCGGAGGAUGCUCUCGCAAAAGUGUGGCCUUGUCACUCAUUCUCUCUCCCAUGAAGAGGGUCCAGAGCUCACCAAAUCUAGGCUCAGGGAAGGAUUCUCACUCAACGGACUUGGAUUCUUGGAGGUCACACAGUGCAACGGAAGGAUUUAAAAAUGGAGACGCCAGUAGCUCAUCUCUUGCUGCCAAAGGCUUUCGCAGUGUCAAACCCAACCUACAGGACAAAAAGUCACCAACACAGGCUAUGAAUGACGUGCCAUUGCCACCCCCCAGGAGAGAGAGUUUUCACUUCUCACCCACAGGCACUAAUCAGCCAGACUACAGCUCCUUUGUUGCCCUGGCUAAUAAUUUUAGCCCUGGAACGCUAACACUCACGCAGAAUGAGAAUGCAGUUUUGAAAGAGUCAUACACUAUUAGUAGCACGUCUUCUUACUCUUACUCAGAGACCAAUGCAAACUCAGUCCAACAGGCACACCAGUCCACUGUCCCGAAUAGCAACUGCCCACCUGCCACCACUAAUUCACAGGUUCAGCAGCGUAAGGUGUCUUCCCUCAAACUAACCCCUGUUACCAUCCCUGACCCCCCGGCUCACUGCAACUCUCUCCUUGACCCCCAAACUAAGACCCAGACCACUGGUUCCCCUCCACCAACUUCCCCGCUUCCACAAAAGGGUCCCACUUUGUCUCAGCCCCUGACACAGGCAGCCUCACUCCCUGUCCACGUGGGCCCCGAGAAUCUGAAACAUCCAGACCAUCAGCCUUCAAACAGCACAGCAGGGUUUAAGGUCCCAAAUCGAGCCCCAAAUCUUACCCAAAGUCCAGCUCCAUCCCAGGCGGAGAUAUUGAAGGCUCCUCCUGCAGUUCCACCAAGACCUUCUCCCGCAGAACUUUUGGGGCCUCCCUCCCCUGACCCCACAUCGCACUCCCCCUAUCGCUGCCACAGCUCAGAAUCCCUCGACUACCUGUCAGGCCUAAUGCCCAAGGCUCUGUCACCCGCUCCGUAUUUUCCUAGUGGAGCUGGUGCAGUCAGCAGGCCGAGCUUUACCACAGCCAGCAGUGUGGGCAUCGGGGGCUGCGUGUCACCCUCGGCUUCCCCUGUGACGGUGUCCGCUCUCAGCCACUACUCGUCAUCCACGGCGGGUCUGCUGGAAGAGCUGCAGAUCUGUAGCCUGGACUCACCUGGCGCCUCACCCACGCCAUCGCCCACCCUCAGCCAUGCCUCCACCUAUACAACCACUGCUGGCCCUGACGAUGUGCUAACAACCUUUGUGGCCUCCACUGCUGCAGCAGCCUCUGUCACUAACGGCCAGGUCCUCUCUCAUGCUAUGAAUGGAAGUGCUCCACAGAGGCCAAUCUCUCCUCCAUCCUAUCCUGCUCCCCCCAACUCACUCCACACUGGGUUCCAUAGACAGAGCAGGAGUUCAGAGGGCAGCGAGUCAGCUACCAGAGAGUCUGUGGUGACGGGCCACACCAGCAUCAGCAGCAUUGUGCCCAUCGCCCGCUUCUCAGAAGAAGAGAAAAAGGUGUCCGUUGUUAAAGCCCCUCAUUACGAAGGCAUCGGCCCCGUGGACGACUCUGGCAUCCCUAUCGCCAUCCGCACGACAGUGGAUAGGCCUAAGGAUUGGUACAAAACUAUGUUCAAACAGAUCCACAAGGUUCACAAAGCAGAUGACGACUAUUCUGACACAUACAAUGCAACAUAUGCUGUCAUAAACAAUGAUGACUACAGCCUGUCAUCUAACACCACAUUGGCCCACCCUGCUCCCCGGACACAUACGUACAGGCCACUCGCCAGAAGCCCCACGGACAACGGAGGACAUCUGGGCCCUCGGGAGCCUUCGCCGUCCCCUGUACCCCCACCACCACCUCCACCCAUGCCAUCUCUCCUCCAGCUCAGGGCCAGAGACAGUGACCGCGAGAGAGACUCCCCUGACACGAAUGAAUGGGGUCCUCCCAACAGGAAAGUGGACACACGAAAGUACCGUGCAGAGCCGAAGAGUAUUUUUGAGUAUGAACCUGGAAAGUCCUCCAUUUUGGAGCAUGAAAGACCAACCUAUGAUGACAUAGAUUUAGAGAACGAGCCUUGGUAUAAGUUCUUUUCUGAGCUGGAGUUUGGGCGGCCGCCUCCUAAAAAACGGCUGGAUUAUAAUCCAGACAUCUCCGCUCGCCAGCGCAUUGAGACAUCCCUGCACAUCGCUCCUGCUGACAAGGCUCCAGAGAGACCUGCAAGUGCUGCCAGCGACUACAGGAAGAGAAGAAAGUCUGAGCCGUCAAGUUCCCAAGUUAAUGUCCAGUCUCAGAGCAGAGCUGUAACUUCCCCUAAACCAGUGGAUGCCUACAGACCCAGCAGCAGCUUAAAGAGACCUGUGGUUCGUUCCUCACCAGCCUCACCUUCCAGAGCCAAAGGUGGGGACGCAUGCAACAUGUAUUCAAACACUUUAAACUCUCCAGGUUCUUAUCAGCGCCCCUAUCUACCCCCCGUCCCCUCUGACCAUGUCGAUUGCCAUGAGGAUUCCAGCCAGGAAGGCAGCUCCUCCUCCAAGCAGUCUGUCUGUUGUAAGAACAGCUGGCCGAUAAAAUGCCAGGAUGCAGAGGCAUGGAGCAGUGUAGAGGCAGUACCGCCAAUCCCCGGCAAGCUCAAGUCACGCAGCUGUGAUGACUUACUAAAUGAUGGACAUUCUGGCUCAGGUGGGCGCAACGCCACCCGCUCAGAAAGUGCUGGGUCACUGGUUUGUGAUGGGAAUCCCUCAGGGUUGACUGGAUCCAACUCCACUCGCUCACUGCCUCGACUCCACCGGCGACGGGCACACGAUUCACCGGGCUUUCUCCAGCUCUAUCGUAAAAUGCACCAGAUCGACCGAGCUCAGCUCAUCCCCUCGGAAGUUAUUCGCUCGGUUCGCACUCGCAUCCUGGAGCUAGAGCGCCAACCUCACCUGCAUCGGCAUCGCCUCUCUCCUUGGACACCCUCUUGGGGCAUGGAGGUUCCACGCGAUAUGGUGCCAUCCCGCAUUUCUGCAUAUGAGCGCCUUAUUCAGAAGUCCAAAUCCAUGCCCAACUUGGGUGAUAGUGAGGUACCUUCCGGGACUACCACGCCAGGUGGCUCGUCGUCUCGAGCCAGCAGUGGUGGCGGUGGCACACCCAGUUUUCCAAAACGCCGUUUUUCAAUAGAAUCUUUACUAGAGGAAGACAAUAAUAACAAUAAUGGCAACAGUGGAACAGUACCUCACACCAUGGCUCAUUUGCAUGGACCUCGUAGCCCACCUGAGGGCCAGCCUCGUGUUGGACCAGAGCCCAGUCGUGGGCGGGCCUUUCCUGCUCCUCCGGUUCCCCAAGGCCCACAAGCCAACCAAGAUUACUCUGACAGUGAACAAGACGCUGUUGCGUCAGAUCUCAGUGAUUUCAUCCAGGUUGAGGGCUCCUCAUUUUGCAGUGAGAGUGACUUUGACCAUUGCUCACUAACCUCCUCUGAGAGCUUGUACGGCUCUUCCACCCUUCACCACCACCACCACCACCUCCGUCACCACCACCAUCACCACCACCACCCUGGUCACCAAAGUCUAGGCCAGAGCCAGGGCUACCAACACCGCCAUCUCAUCAGCUCUUGCAAAGGGCGCUGCCCGGCCUCUUAUACCCGUUUUACAACCAUGCUGCGCCAUGAGAGAGAGCGAGCGCGCCUAGAGCUCCAGAGACCUUCGCAGCAGAGCCGCAGCAGUAGCCAGUCCCAAAUCCAAAGCUCACAGUCUCAGCAAGCGAUGUCCAAGCUGGCCUUCCUAGUCAGCCCAGUGCCUUUCCGCAGGAAAAAGGGCUCACCACCUACCUCUAGAAAAACCAGUGGUGGCGGAGAUGGAGGUAGCAGACCCAAGUCCAAACAGGCCAUUUAUGAUGCACUAGAUGCAGCCUUGAGAGACAUAUACGAGCACAUUCAAGCAGAUAGAGGCCACAGAGGAACUAGGGCACCCGACGAUAGCAUUCUGAGGAGAAUACUGGUCGAAUUGCUGCCAAAUGUGCCUGAACGAAGCUCGUCAUUGCGGGGGAGAAGGGGGUAUUGGCACGGGGGUCAGUCCUCUGCAUCUUUGUACCCAGAUGGGAGCCCCACUGGGUAUGCCUCACAUAGAGAGGAUCCCUCCACACCACGGCUGCAGUCACCAAUCAGUGCCUGUUACGGACGCCACACAGAGACCUCAAACAAUAAUGAAUAUGGAGAGGAGCAGGGCAAUGGGAAUGGUCUCUGUUAUUCAGACCAGGAUGUCUCCAGGUGUUAUUCCACCAUGGAUGGACGCCACACACCCCAGAGUAGAAGACCUACUCCUGACAGAGAGGUCUCCCAUAAACAGAUGACACAACUUAUUCUGUUCUCUCUCCUUCAUCAGAAACAGCCUGCGAGAGCCAUUUAUGAUUUUAAGGCACAAUCAGCUAAGGAGCUGACAUUUAAGAAGGGUGAUGCAUUGAACAUCAUCCGACAGAUAGACAACAACUGGUAUGAAGGGGAGCACCGCGGACAAGUUGGGAUAUUACCUAUAUCGUAUGUAGAAAAGAUGCCAUCCUCAGAGAAGCAGCAGCCGAUUCGUCCUCCUCCGCCAGCACAAGUCAGAGAGAUAGGAGAGGGAGUAGCUCGCUACAACUUCAAUGCUGACACAAACGUGGAGCUGUCUCUCAGAAAGGGUGAGAGACUUAUUGUGUUAAGGCAGGUGGACCAGAAUUGGUAUGAGGGAAAGAUCCCAGACACAACCAAACAGGGCAUCUUUCCUGUAUCGUACGUUGACAUCGUCAAGCGCUCCCCGUCCAAGAGCUCUGCACGCCACAUAGACCCACAUAGUUACCCUGGCAACAGAACACCAAGCUCUACACCCGUCAAGCCUUUCUACCAUCUACCUCCAUCCUCUACUACUCGUGACCUCCCCACUCCUCACCCCCCGUUGAGAAGGUUUGACCUGCAAGCUGUCACCAGCGAGUGGCUGUCUCUUACGUUGGACCCAUCAGCGUCUAACCCAGCGUGCACCCUCUCAACCACCCCUGUACCACCCACACCACCCCCUCCCCCCCUCCCCACUGACCUUACACCUUUCCUAAAGGCUCAGGAUAUCAGUGCGCCAUCACAAAGGGGCUUCGCUAUGCUGCCCCAGAGGGUUGCCGUUACUCCUCCUUUUAAAGAAGGGAGACUCAGUUUAGGUCACACCCCUCCUGCCGUGCCAUUCUCCCAACCACCUCCACCUCCUCCUCCUCCUGUUCCUCAUUCUUCAUUCACCUCUCCACUGCCUGUCUCUUCACAGCAAUACAGCAGUGGCAAAGGAAUAGCCCAAGCAUUACACAUUUUUAAGCCAGAGGUUUUGUUCUGCACAGUGCCAGAGCCAAUAAAGUCACCCACACAGGUUCCACCACGGCACAAGUCAAAUGUGGAAGUACACAAAAGCAGCAUUAUUCCUGAUGUUGAGCUGCAAGUAAAAGAUCCUUAUGACGAGCUGUUGUCCAUGGUUCUGGAUGAUUCUUCCAGUAAAGACAAUGCUUACUUUUCAAGAUUAUCUUUGGUGGAUUCCCCACCAGCUACGCUAACUGAUGAAUCCCAGAGCAGGUUUACGCUAAAAGUAGAAGAAUCCCAUCAGCCAGCAGUGAAACCCGCAGCAGUCACUCCAGCCAGCGACUCAGCAGGCAGCGUCCGGUUAGAGGUGCAGUUUCACAAGCCUAUGCCAACGGAGCCACUAUCCAUCACUUGGGGAGGGCAUUCAAAAACUCUGAACGAGCAACCAGUCGAGCCUCAGAGACCACCAUCGUUGACAGGAACGGGAUAUACUGAGUUGUUCAUUGAGGAAGAGGAUGAAGCUAGAGGGGACAGAGAGGAGGACAGUAAAGGUUUAAAUGAGAGACUCAGUCCACAGGCUGAUGUCUCUCCUUCCACUUUGACACGGUUUCCUCCCCCUGGCCUCCCCUCACCCUCCAUACCACCACCUCUGACAUCCUUACCUCCCCAUUCCUCUUCUUCUACUUUUACUUUCACUCCUCCUUCAUCUUCUACUUCUUCCUUUACUCCUUUAUUUUCUACUUCUUCUUUAACCCCUUCUUCUACUUCUACUUUCACGCCUUCUUCACCUUCCACUUCUUCCUUUACUCCUUCGUCGUAUUCUACUUCUGCAUUUUCUCCAUCAUCUACUUCUUUCACUCCUUCAUUUUCCACUUCUUCCUUUACUUCUUCUUCUUUUACUCCUUCAUCUUCUACUUCUUUUGCUCAUUCUUCCUCUUCUACUUCUUCUUUUACUCCUUUGUCUUCCUUCUUCCGGUCACAACGGCAGGAUUGUAAAACCAUCCCUCCCUCUCCCCCUGUCUCCCCUCGGCCCCCAUCCCUGCCCCACCUCAUGACAUCGCUCCCUUCAGUCUCUCCCUCUCCUCCCGUCUCCCCAUCUCCUUUUCACUCCUCUCACCCCACUCCAAACGUUCCCUCACAGCACUCUGUCAGUCACCCCCCAAGCUCUCCCAGUCUGUCUCAUCUGGUCACAUCCUGCCCCAACUCAGAGUUGCCUAUUCCCCUUCCCGCCCUGACUCCCCCGAAACCCGCCUCUCCUCCCCUCGUCACUCCACGCUCUUCCCCAACUGUACCCCAUCCAGGAUGUAGGUCUCCCAAGGUGAAGGAUCCAGUUGUUGGUGGUAAACCUCCUCGUAGCCCCAUCUUGUUCCGGAGGUCCUAUCUGUCCCCCUUUAGAGGGCGAAGGCGAUUAGUUCAGGACGCACUCCAUGGUGGAGGAGACCCGUACCAGGCCGUGUACAACUACGGGCCUCGCAACGAGGACGAGCUGGAGCUGAAGGAGGGCGACAUUGUAGAUGUGAUGGAGAAGUGUGAUGAUGGCUGGUUUGUUGGAACCUCCCGAAGGAGCAAGUUGUUUGGAACCUUCCCAGGAAACUACGUGAAGCAGCUAUAAUGAUGAUUCCAGACUCCCCUCCUCCCCGCCCUGGCUCCGCCCCUUUCUGUGACACAUACAUCGCCCACAGCACCCGCAGGACACCACCUCCCAACAC